AUGGGAAUUGAGUUCAAUAUUAGCAAGAACUUUGUGCUCCUCGGCAUUGAGGAGAUGGAAAGGUUUAAAUAUCUUUACUGCUUACUUUUUUUCCUAAUUUACUUCUUCAUCUUGCUGUUUAGCUGCACCAUCAUCUCUGUGGUGCUGUUGGAUGAAAGCCUUCAUGGUCCCAUGUACACGCUCAUAGCCAUUCUUCUGCUGAACGGGAUCUUUGGGAGCUCAAGUAUCUUCCCAAAACUCAUCACUGACUUGUUAUUAUCAUCCAAAGAGAUUUCUCAUGUCGGCUGCGUGGCCCAGGCAUACACCAUAAUACUUUUUGCCUUCUGUGAGAUCUCCACCUUCACCAUCAUGGCGCACGAUACCUACAUAGCAGUCGGCCACCCAUUGAGAUACCCAACUCUAAUGACAAAUUCAGUGGCUUUGAAACUAAUCAUGGGGUCUCUGAUCUUCAAUAUCAUCUUAAUGUUGCCUAUUCCAAUACUUUCUGCCAGACUCCCAAUUUGUGGGUCUCGCAUUAGCGGCAUAUUUUGUGACAACCCAUCCAUCCUUGUUCUCUCCUGUGUAGAUGUUUCGCUCAACAAGUUGUAUGGGAAUGUUACUCUGGUGGGUUAUAUAUCGGUUAUGGCACUGCUCAUAGCCCAUUCCUACCUCCGGAUCUGCCUGAUCUGCCUCAAGAUUUCCAAAGACGCCUCUCCCGCGUCCUGCAGAGAAUUCUGUGUAUCUGCUUCUCCUUUGGGAUAUUUGGGAAAUGUCUUUAUAAAGAGCCCACAUCCCACGCAGGAGGCCGCGCUCUAG